AUGACUCAUCUUAAUGCAAAUUAUGCUAUAGGAGUAUUUAUGGGAUGUCUAAUUAUUCUUAUAAUGUUCUUGCAGGUAAUUGGACUUAUAUUUGAGCCAGAUGUAAUAAAAAUUCAUACCUCUUAAAUAAUAUAGAAAUACGAAUGGAAAGACGAAUUUUUCCUCAGUUUCGUAGUCCAUGUCUGUAGCUAUUGUAGAAUAAUAAAAGCCAUCAGCUCAUCAGGUUCAAUAUUCUUUUAUUGGGCACUUAUGAUUUUUGCGAUUCUCUACCUCACCACUAUAGUCGCUUUAUUAGUUUAUAUGAAUUACUUCCUAAAGAACAGGAAGCACUAUGUUGAAUAGGUAGUCAAUAUGCUGAGAGUGAUGAUAUUACUCCUGUUUUGGGUAUUUCAUUAGCCUUUUUUCGAAAUUUUUAUUUCAAUAAUGAAAUGUGAAAAUGGAUAUCACUACUUAGACACUUCACUUGAAUGCUUUUAAGGAAUUCACAUAUUUUAUUUCGUGCUGUGUAUUAUCUUCUUAGUGGUUUUGCUAUUAGUGAACAUGAUCACAGCUAUGCUUUACAAUGAAACUUAACCAGUUUAAGAAGAUUGCUUGAGUAGAUUGGAAAGUAGCUUGGAACUAGCAUUAGUUGUUUUUAGAUCCAUAAUUGCUACAUUUUCGAAUUUCUGUGAUGGGGAUGUAUGCAGCUGGAUACUUAUCUCACUAUACAUAAUCCUUAAUAAAUUGAAACUAGAUAUUGAUUCGUUAAUUUAAGUUCACAAAAUCACAGACUUCUCAAAGGGUAUUAAUACAGAUCAGGCUCAAAGAAUGACUAUGAUUGGGAUUGUGAACAUACACAUUAUGGAAUGUUAAAAUAAUGAUUGUCCUUGCAAAGAAGAUUAUGAGCUUUAUGAUGUAGCUACCAAUAUGUUCUAAGAUAGAAAUAAAAAUUCCCCACACAUGGACGAAGUAUUUUUGAAUCACUUUAUUAAGAGAUUAUAUGAAGAUGCCCUUAACAAAUUUAUUAAUAGUCCAAGUAUCCAUAUAGCUUUUGCUUUUUAUCUAUUCAAGAAUAUGAAAAAUAUUCAUGCUUCAUUGGUAGAACUUAAUAUAGCAAUAAAGAAGAAGCCUUCACUUCAGUAGCAAUUCACCAUAUUUAGGUAUAAAAAUAUCAUUGAAGAAUUUAUUAUGUAAGAUCAUUAGGAGCAUAAAUAUGUCUUUCCAGAACUUACAAAUGUGAUAGAGUUCGAGAGGUUGUUUUCAGAGAUGUAAAAAUCUAUUGAGAAAGUUUGUAAUCUCUAAGUUGAAUUCUGGACUCAUCUUACCACCGUAGUUCCUGAUUAAAAUAUACUUAACGAAUUGGGCAAAAAGAUAUACUGUGCAGCUGAGGAAGCUGAGUCAUUUUGGAAUAUGAUGUGCAAAAUCAAUCCAAAUUACUAGCAGGCCCUGAAUAUAUUUGGAGAGUAUUUGAGAGAAAUCAGGAAUCAUGAGCAUCUUGGCAAUACCUAUAUAGAAAAAGGAUUCAAUUCAAUGAAUGCGAAAAAGUCAAUAGAUGAGCAUGCCAAGACCUCAGAUAUACUAUUUAGUUCUGAUACUACUGUUAUUCAUAUAAGUGGAAACAAAGAAUCCAUAGGUAAAAUACUCAAAACUAGUCAAGGGUUGUCUACUGUAUUCGGCUAUAGCAAAACUGAGGUAAUAGGUCAUUCUAUUAACAUCCUUAUGCCUACAUUGUUUGCUAAAAAGCAUACUGAUUGCAUGGAGAGAUUCUUCAAGACUGGAAGGCAGGUUAUUUUCUAUUAGGAAAGAUCUCUAUUUGCCACUCAUAGGAAUGGGCAUUGCUUUUAAAUGAAGUUGCUGGUGAACAAGGGAGUAACAGGAAUGCUUGGAUUGACUCCGAAUCUUUUUAAAGAUAAAGACUCUCAAAUCAAUAUCUAAAUUCUUGCGCCUGAGUUGAUUCCUUUCUUCAUGGAGACCUAUCAAAAGGGCAGAGCAGCCAAGUCUAAAUUUAGAGAGUCAGGAGGAGAUACUCUCACUCUUAUUGUGCCAAGAGAUUUUCAUAUUAUUGCCAAAUCAGAAAACAAAACAAACGCGAGAGCAGGCUCCAGAAAUAGAAACGGAGGAGGAAACAGAAACAUGAAUUCUAAUAAUAGGAAUAGAUCUCAGGUAUUCAAGCAGUUUUUGAAAGCUCUUGCAAAGCCAGGCAGAAUUCAAAGAGAUAGAAUGCCAACUGCUAAGAUGAUUCUUCAGUAGUAAGAGUAUGUAUAGUGCGAGAGAAAGAAAGAGGUGUAAUGUGAGAUCACCAGUCUUGAUAUUAAGUCUUCUCAAUCUGAUUCAGUCAAAUUACUUGUGUUUAAAUUCAACAAGAAUGAAAAAAUUGAUAAAAAGAAGGAAGAUGUUAAUAAUAUUCGAUUUGAUUACACAAUUGGAAAUGAAGAGAAUAUCGAUGUAAGCUAUGACCAAUUUAAGGCUGUGUCAGUGGUAGAUGAAAGUCCACGACCACCUUUAAAAUACAGACCAAGAGUAGAAUCUAAUUAGACUGAGUUAGAGGGAACUGACUCGCAAGUUCAAACUUCGAUGAAUGACAAGUUCUAGUUCAAUGUGAAAAAAGUGAAUUUCGAAGAGGGCAAGGAGGAAGAUCCUCAGUAAAACAAUGGUGCAAUAGCCAUUUAAGUAUAAAAAAUUCCUAAAGAGCAGCCUAAGAGCUCAGGUAGAAAAAAUAAUAGUAUCAAAAUGGAAACUGGAAGAAAUAACAAAAGUAGAGGUAGUUCUCAUCCAGUAGGAUCAGUUAAGAGUGUUGAUGAAAAUGAUAAUAAAGCGAAAAGCAAAGUAAGCAGUCAGACUAUGAGCAAUCAAAAAUCUUCUAGCAAGCAUCAAUCUAAUGAUCAGAUAGAUGAGGAAGAUGAGAACCAAUAAGAAGAGAUGGCAUCACUCGAUUAAUCAGAGAUAUUGACUCCAAAGCUAGACGUAUCUGGUAUAAAGCUUGAGUCAGCCUAAAAGGAGAAGAACUCUUUCCUUGAAGAACUAAAGAAGCAGUCCUUUAUCUUCUCGGAGACUUCUACUCAGAAGAUGGAUGCCAAGGAUAGUGUGAUGGUGGGCUCUCAAUAAAAACAGGAACAAAAAUCCUUCCAAAUAAAUUAACAGAUGAAUUCCAAUUCAAAUCUGAAUAACAAUUCAGCUGAUAAAAAGUCAAAGUCAAGCUCAAUUUAGUUUUUGCUAGAUCCUGAUUCGCUAGUCAAGAAGAAUAACGAGAAUAAUCUAAGAUUAGUGCCUAUUGGAGAUGAUCUAGAACCCUAAGAGUCAGUUGAAAGAGAGGAAACUGAGGAGCAGCAAUAAAGGCAGAGCAAUGCUGAUGAUAAGAGAAGUCAGAGUAAUGAUGAGAGUGAUAAAGAUGAAGAGCAGGAUGAAGAAAAUGAUGAUGAAGAAGAGGAGGUGGAGCAAACAAAGAGUAAUAAAACUAAACAGUCUAGAAAUAAGUAGAGUUCAGCUUAUGAUAGCGAGGAAAAUGAAGAUGAUUAUGAAGAGGAUUAAGGAAGUAAUGAUGGAAACUAAUCUAUUCAUCAAAGUAAAUCAUCAGGCAAAAACCAAGAUGACAAGUAGCCUCUUAUAAACAAGCAAUCUAUGGGCAAUAACAAUAUUUAGGUAAUACAAAUGGACCAGAAUAUGGUUCCAAACAUGAAUGAUUUCAGAAGGGGCUUUGGAGAGGAAAAUAAAGAAGAUUACCUCUUACAAGAUCCUAAAUACUUAUCACUAUCAGUGCCAGGUAGGUCGAGAGCUCCCUCUGGAAAUGAUCCAGGUUCAGGCAGAACCUAUAGGAAAAUGGGUAUAUAAAAGCGAGACACUCAAAAGAUUAAGACUAAUCCAAGGUACAAAUGUGUGGAUGAAGGCUCUGAGGAUGAAAAUGAUGCAUCUAAAAAUAACAUUAAUGAUGAUCCCUAACAAAUGAGCUCUAAAGAACUUCAGUUCAGAGAUAAUCUCCUAAAGUAUGAGAAGAGGAAGAAAAGAAAAGAGAGAAAGUAAAAAGAGAAGGAGUUGAAAAAAAUGAAGGCAAUAAAUGGAGAGGAUGGAAGCUCAGGAGUUAUGACUGCAGGAUCAGAUGGGCCCAUUAAUGCCAGUUAAUCAUCUGAUGACGAUGAUAUCAGCAGUUCCUCAAGUUCAUCAAGUAGCAGUGAGGAAACCAAAGAUUUAGAUAAAACUCAAAACAAGCAGAGGCAGCACUAAAAUAAGAAUAUCACUAAGAAGACUGCGCCUAGAUCAAAUAAUGAUGAGGGAGAUGUUAGUUCAGUUACGACAAGAUAAAAUAAGACUGAAAGAUCUCACUAUAAUCUUAGAAUGGCAAUAGAUGAGAAAUUCAUUCCUAAUUCCAUUAAGAACUUGAGAUAUGCAGCAUACCUCAUCUUUAUCAUACUUUCUUUGCUCUCUAUUGUAUACUAUGUUAUGUAGAUUCAACUAUUUGACAAGAUAAACCAAAACAUCUAGAACAUUCAUAACUCAGAGUUGAGACUGAACUAUAUCAUAGAUAUUACGCUCAGAACUAGAACUAUGAUAUUAAUUAACAAAAAUUACUAUCCUAAUCUUACAGCUCAGUAAAAGCAAGACCUUAUCAAUACCACUAUAAGUGAGUUGCGAAGCUCAGCUACUAAUCUCAAGAAUGCAUAAACAGAUUUAUCUCUUAAAACUAGUUCACUUGAGAGCAGUUAGCUCUAAAAGAUCAAUCCUGACAAUGUGGAGCUCAAGUAUAUGAAAUACCCAAAUAUGCCUGAAUCGUAUCUAUUUUCUAUUUGGGAAGCUAUCAUGGAAAUAGUGGUUAGUGCCUAUCGUCUAUCAACUUUACCUCUAAGCUAGAUUUCAGAUGAUAAUCCUACAUCUUUUUUCAUCUUAAAAAAUUGUCUAAACAGUGUGCUUUAAGCUCUAAAUUCCUCAACAAAUGCAAUCAUAGACGAAUCUAAUGAGGCUAGAGAAUAAAACAUGAAAGUAUUCUUGUAUCUGCUUAUUGCAGCGUCUUGUGCGUUGUUUCUUUCUCUCCUUUUCCUCAUCCCAGUAAUCAAUAAAAUCAAGAAGAGCAAGCAAGCUGUAUUGAAGCUUUUUACUCAUAAAAAUGUUGAAAAGCACAUAGAUGAAUAACUUAAGAUCUGCAGAAACUUUGUAGCAACCAGACUUUAGUAAAAUAACGAGGGAGGUGACCAUGACAUAGAUGGUGAUGAUGUAGGCUAAAUGAAUGUGAAUGACAAAGAACUACAAAAUGAGAUCAACAACAACAAGUACAUGAAGAAAAUCAGAAAGAAGAACAAGGGCAAGAAGCUAAAGGAACUUAACACAGAUUUUGGAGCUACUCUAUUGAAAUUCUUACUAUUUCUUAGCAUCAUUGAAGGGUAUUUCUUGGCAAAUUAUCUUUUGAGCUAUAAAGAGCUUAUUUAUACUAAUGGAACCGCUGAAAUUGAAAAAGAAGCCUCCUUAUCUUAUGUGCCGAGGUAUCAAGAGAAUCUUUACGAUGAAGAAGAAUAACUUUUAGAUAAGUUCUCAGCAAAUUACGACUAUCACUCAACUUCAUACAAUGAAGACUUUAACAAUAUAAUCUACUCAAAUGUGUGUCAGUUUGUGAAGUUUAGGAAUCAAACUGCUUGCGAGUCGUUUAAUCAGGGGAUAUUGAAGAAAGGUGUAUAUUCGAGUGUCAUUAAAUAUUGGGAUUUUCUGAGAUAAAUUAAUCAUGACUUUAUGGAAAGUGAUCGAUCUAAUAAAACUAUUGUUCAGUUCCUCAAUGAUCAGCGGCUCAGUGUGGCUGAGGAAAUGCAAGACUACUACUUCAAAAUGGCUCUUUAAGAGUUGGUUCAGACACUCGAAGAUGACAUAGACAAUUUCUUUAAUAUGGAAUACAUUCAGAACAGAACGAUCUUCAUUAUUUACAUCAUUUACAUUGCCAUACUGUACUUCCUAAUUUGGAGAAAGUACAUGACAUACAUGCAAAAUGAGCUUUGGAAAACCAAGUCUAUGCUAAGGUAUGAUUUUUUGUGGCUUAAUCCUUAUUAGUGUCCUACCUACUAAGUUGUGCUUCGAAACUGA